ACGAGUAGAGUAAACAGAGAGGCGGAGUACAUUUUGACAAGGGGCGGGACGGUCUCCAUGGUGACGGUGCGGCCUGUCCUAGCGAUGUCCUGCUGGCCUGUACUGCGGGCUCUCCGCCUGCCCCGUCUCCCCGCCCCCCGCUGGGUGAGCUAUGUGCAGGGACAGAGCCCGGGGCCACGACUGAGGGAAUAUUUCUAUUACAUCGACCACCAGGGCCAGCUUUUCCUGGAUGACACCAAAGUGAAGAAUUUCAUCACCUGCUUCAAAGAUAAACAGUUUCUGGUUUUCUUCUUCAAACAAGUGCGGAGGAAUCGGAGCGGACGCUAUGAGGAGGAGUUCCCGUACAUCUCGCCGUGCGGCAGGGAGCACAACUACAUCCGCUGCGAUGACCGCCCCGUCGUCUUCACACACCUCCUGCGGGAGGAGAGCUCGGGGCUCCAGAAGUUGUCGUACUGCGGUGGAGGGGACCAGCUGGCGGUGGGUUUUGAACCGGAGAGACUCGUGAUGCUUCCAGAAAACGGGCGGGUGUAUCACCCUGCGCCGGAGAAGAGCGGCGGAGUGGGCCUUGUGAAGUCUUCGCUGGCUUUCGAGCUCAGCUCUUGUUUUGAAUUCCCCGGUGGGUCUACUUCUGGGACCCCCAGCCAUUUUCAUUGGGAAGGCAAGCGGUAUAUCCUCACCAAUGAGCUGAGGCCGCUCAUCUGAGGCUGUUCACCCGAGACC